CUUAGUAUUAGGGUUUUUCAGGUAAAACAACUUAAAAAUAUCAACAUCAUGGGAAACUGAGGUCGGCUUGACAACCAGUCCCAUGAAUUGGCGUAGGCACUAGUUUAACGAAAGUGACCGAGGAAACUAGGCCUUAGUGCGGUUUCCUCACGAUGUUUUGUGCAUAAGUUCAGAAAAAGUUUGUGCAGUAACCAAGUAUUGAUAUAAAAUCCAUACCAAGAUGUGUGGCUCCACACGCUAAUUAUUGGAUAGUGAUUCUCUUUCUCUCUGGUCGCUCCCUUAUGCAUGCGGAUCGUUGUCAGGUUCAAGGUCGCACCUGGAGAGAGAGCCUUCACUAGUUUCUGUCACGUCUCUUACGACCGUGCAGAAUUUGGGAGACGGCUUAACAGUAAUUACGGAAACCUAAAAUAAACAUCGCCCGACCGACAUUCUGUGGUUGGAAUUCACUGGUAGAAAAUAAAACCUCAACACGUUAUGAAAACUGCUGAAAUUUAUUUAUUUCGCACCCCUUACCUCCAAACGAUGCGAAACAUUUCUUACCUGCCAGCAAUAUUGCAGUGUCUAACAUAUGAAGAUGUGACCCUUGCUGCUUACGCAUGUAUGGAGUGCUUAGGGUAGAUGCGCGCGUCUGUAUGAGCUGUGUACAGCUCAAGUCCCCCUCAGUACCGGUUUGACUGUGGCGAAGGGUGUACACCUCCUGAAUUUCAGCCGGCUUUUGGACUAGACGCGAAUUGUUUUCAGUGUUGUGCAGUGAUAAUUGACUUGCUGUGGUCGGACUUUGGUCGUUCGUUACGGUUUCAUAAGAUGAACGAAAUAGAAGAGAAUGAAGCGAGCCCUCCAGGAGCACCUCAGGUCUGUCUAAAGAUGUGCCAGUAGACAGCAACAUGAACACCCGGGCUGUGCUGACGUCCCUGCUGGGCGUCUUUUGUUUCUGUACAGAUCCUGUAAAUGGUGGGCUAAGUGACGACUAUGGGAGCAGCGGAGAAGCACCUUACAUUAUCGAACAGCCUUUGGACGUCACGGUGGCUCGUCACCAGCCGGCCACUCUCAACUGCCGCGCUGGAGGCUCACCUCCACCUAACAUAAAAUGGUACAAAGGAGGCGUACUGGUAGUCUCCGACACCCACCGUAGUCUGCUACCUGCAGGUGGUCUGUUCUUCUUAAGAGCGACGCACGGUAGAGCUCACUCAGAUGCUGGGGUUUAUUGGUGUGAAGCAACGAAUUCAUACGGAACAGCUAGGAGUAGAAAUGCAACGUUACAUGUAGCAGUACUACGUGAGGACUUUAGACUAGAGCCAGUGUCAACACAAACGGCGCAAGGCGAAACUGUAAUAUUAGAAUGUUCGCCGCCACGAGGAUCACCCGAACCGACUAUUUACUGGAAGAAAAACGGCCAGGCCCUGCAUUUUGAUGGCGAUGCCAGAAUGCAUUUAAUCGACGGUGGUAGCCUAGUUAUACAAGACGCACGGCAAACUGACGCCGGCAGAUAUCAAUGUAUAGCUCGAAAUCCAGCGGGGACAAGGGAAUCGGCUGUUGCUACGCUACGAAUCCAUAUUAAGCCGUACUUAAUAACGGGCCCCGAGGACGUGGUGGCGCAGACCGGCGGCAGCGUGACGUUCCAAUGCCGAGUGGGUGGCGACCCCCUCCCGGAUGUGCUGUGGCGGAGGACUGCCGGAGGAGGCAACAUGCCACUCGGCCGCGUCAAGGUUCUAGACGACAGGAGCCUUAGGCUCGAUAACGUUGUUUUAGAAGACGAAGGAGAGUACAGUUGCGAGGCCGAGAAUUCAGUCGGCGCAGUAAGGGCGACAGGGUACUUGACUGUAUACGAUCCACCUAGAAUGUCGCUUAAGCCAAACUCCAUAACAGUAGAAAAUAGUGCAGCCGCUACAUUUACCUGUACGGCCUCAGGUCGCCCCGAACCGACAAUGUUCUGGAGUUUAGAGGGAAACAGGACAAUAAUACUACCCGGCACGUCGAAGGGCAAAUACCAUGCCACGCCGGUUGUUGACGGCGUCACUACAUUGACUGUAAAUGAAACAACCAAAAACCACAGCGGUAUUACAAUAGUUUGCUCGGCGGUGAAUUUUGCCGGCAGUUCAUUUGUCAGAGGAAAACUAACAGUUACGUCAGACGAUGACCGCCCACCUCCAAUCAUAACAAACGGGCCCUCUAACCAAACGUUACCCAUAAAAUCGAUGGCUGUUUUCCCCUGCACGGCCGUCGGCACACCUGAACCAAUCAUAGCCUGGUAUUUUGGAGGGGAAGCACUAAUACAAAACCAUAGAAGGAAUGUGUCUAAUGACGGGACUCUAAUAUUAAGAGAUUUGGAUAAAAGCGACAGCGGCACGUACACUUGCGUCGCCUCCUCGCACCACGGAAAAUAUGUAUGGAGCGGCGCUUUGAUAGUAGAUAGUCCAAUAAACCCAAAUAUACAUUUUUUUCGGGCGGCCGAUGUAUCGUCACUACCCGGCCCACCCACUAAACCGCAGAUACACAACAUGACGGAAAACACUGUCACAAUAUCUUGGAAUCAAAAUAACAAAAUCGGAUCGUCAUCUAUACUCGGAUAUCAAGUGGAAGGGUUUUCGAGAGAAACUCUUUCCGGAAAUAACACACCUAGGAAUUCUCGGGGUUGGGUAGUAUUAGCAAAGAAAAUACAACAAACACAGUAUAUAGCUAGAUCUUUGGUUCCUGGCGUUACUUAUAUGUUUAUAGUGAGAGCGGAAAACUCGCACGGUUUAUCCGGACCGAGCCUGGUCUCAGAUCCUGUAGUAGUGGGCGAAAGUGGCAAUGCCCUGUGGGAAAACGGAGUGUUCUCCAAUAAUACCGGAUUUAGAAAUAACAUCAUGACUGAUAACAUCGUAGAACUAAUUGAAGCAACGCCUAUUGACUCGAAAACUAUUAAGUUGAUGUGGGAAAUUUUAAAUUUCUAUUAUUUGGAGGGAUUAUUUAUAUACUACAGACCUCUAGACAAUGCAACAACAGAAUACCAAAUGAAGACUAUCUUACAUUCAAACGACGUCUCUGGCUAUGAAAUAACGUAUUUGAGGAAGUAUACAAAAUACGAGUUUUUCCUUAUUCCAUUUUAUAAGAAAUUCGAAGGAAAACCUUCUAAUUCUAGGAUUGCUCAAACGCUGGAUGAUGUGCCCGAGGGUCCUCCAGUAAAUAUUGAAAUGUUUAUCUUCAAUACAACGACAGUUCAUUUGAAAUGGUCACCCCCAGAACCUCAUUUACAAAAUGGGCUAAUUACUGGUUACAAUGUUUUGGUGAAUUGGUUGGACUUACCCGCCAACAAAUCGAUGGUAGCCAUAAACACGACAGUACAUCAAGCUACGAGCCUCAUAAUGACAAACUUAACUUCCGGAGUCAGUUAUUCGGUUCAAAUUGCUGCUGAAACCGUUGUGGGGAUGGGCCCAUUUAGUCAAAAGGUGUACUUGAAUAUCGAUUCCCGUUCUAUUGGAUUGGACCCUUUAUCAAGGUAUCCCGUAAAUGGGGAAGUGUCUAUCGUAGCCGGCGACUUUGUAAUGGAAACAUGGUUUUACGUUUUGAUUGGAGCGAUCGUUCUGUUUAAAGUAAUUGUGAUUGGCGGAAUUAUUUAUAUCAGAAAGCACAACAUUUUCGCCAAAAAGUCGUCCACACUUCCAAAUAUAUACGAUUCCAACGGAACGAGCUUAGUAACACAAAUGAACAUAAAAGCCGCAGUUUCCCUGUCUCACCCACUCACCAGUUGCUAUAAUAAGAACACUGUAACAAAAACAGAGUCACUGCUUUGGAUGGAGAAUCAGCCAGGAUUAUGUCUGUCGGGUACUCAAACCAAUCAGAACAAGCAAAAGAUGAAUUCAGAAUAUGAUAAAGUUGCGCAGCAGUUGCCUGAAUACGCAGAAGUUACGUCAUCUAAAAUCAUAGGCAAUGAAUGGAAUACGAGCAAGACGGCUACUUCCCCAGCGGCGUACGCGUCAGUUACGCUUGUUGCUAAUACAAGGCAGUGUGUCAGUUCAUUGGGAUGGUUUCCGCCAGGUGGCAAAAAUAUAGAUAACUUCGAUAACCGAUAUGCUCCAGAUGAGGAACUUUAUCCAGCCAGUAAUGGAGGUUAUUAUAAUAGAAAUGUGUACAGCGAAAAAUACUUCCAAAAUGAUCCAAACGUAUUGAAGUUCUACGAUUUACCAUCAAUGGAUAAAACGCAGAAAGCCCAACUGCGUUAUAACCAGAGCUUAGAUGAGAGAAAGGGAGAUAAAAACCAAAAGUCUGAAGUUACACAGUCACUCAUUGGCCGUACCUACGUCAGCUCUAGGAAAAAUUCAGAAACUGAAACUACUUACAGAGCAUUCGGAGGAGAUGAGUCAGAUGACGAGUCAUAUCCUGAAGACGGUGGUUAUGAUGAGCUACAAGCAAUGCAGUCUCAGAGAGAAAGACCUCAGCAUCAGUACGAGAGGCCUAAUUUUGAUAACGAGAAUACCAGAACGCUGGCGCUUCUGACGUCGUUCCGUCACGGCCAAGCCUCGACAAACGGCAUCUCUCAGAACUCGCUUGCGCCAGCGCACCCUCCUCUGCCUCCGCACCCGCGAGCGGACUCUGUGACUCGGUAGUAUCACGCCCUGCCGGUUUUCGGCGACUUGUGCCAAACGGACGUGUAGACCGACCUUAAAUUAAGUGUAGUGAUUCCACUAAGAGAGAUCGCAUUCUUCCUAAUGGUGUACAGACUGUUUAAAAAGCAUUUUGAAAUGUUUUGUACGAGUACCUAAGUGUUUCGCUAAUGUGUCGUGAAUGUUGUUAAGAACGUGACCGGCGAAUAGUGUUAAAAACUUAUUAACGUAUACUAUCGAGAUUGGCCUACUAAAUAUUUCGACUGCCUAAUUUUACGACGCAGAAUACAUAGCUGCGUGUUUUCGAGAGUUUAUAUUAAUUUAAAGUAUGUUGUUAUUUUUUAAAUUAUAAACUACGCCUAGUCGGUUGUAAAUAAUAAAUAAAAUUGUAAAUAAUGUAUAUAAUAUAUAUUAUACUAUGUGUGUUUAGUUAGAACGAGAGAUAUACUAUACCUCGGUAAUAACACGUUAGACAUACAUCAUCAGUUGACAACCAACCCUUUUCACUACCAAUUACCUUAACCAGACUCGAAUCUCAGUAGGUACUCAUUCAGUACCAAGAUACGAGGAUUCUAAGAAUAGUGACACUGGGAGUUUUUGGUUGUCAACUGACGGCAUUAUAUUUAACCCAGUCAAAUUAAGGGCUCCACGAGAAUGAGAAAUAAGACGCUUAAAACUCGUAUAAAUUGCGGCGUUCUAAAGUUUAUUUAAAAGUCUCGUGUGCACGUUGGGUCCUUUCAGGUUAAAAGUCACAUAAAUCGGUUUUUCGCGAAUGUCAAGGUUUUAUAGCUCCAAUGUUGCUUCCUAUCUAGGUAAGAAUUGCAGAGCAUACAAUUUUGCAAUAGGUUGUGUUCUGAACAUUUUUUUAUGCGCUGGAGCGUUCCCAAGAUAGAGGGCACGUGGAGGGCACAGAACGCGCAACAGAGCUGUCAGCUAUACGUAAGUACUACGCGCACACGAGAUUUUCCGCAACUUUAAAGGCAACUUUAAAAACGCCAUAAUGAACGUGUACCCGAAUUUUCAACAUGUUACCCUUUCAUUCCGAAGUUAACUCCAUUUAUAGGCUUAAGAUGACAGGGCCAAUCGUAAUCGAUCUAUUAAACUUUUAUAGUGAUUGUGUUAUCGGAAUUGACGUAAUUUAAUUGAUAUGUCCGUCUGAAUAUCAAUAAACGAAUUUGUACCCACGAUAUCAUUAGUUUAAGCAUUACUAAACUUAGAACCAGAAUACAGAACUAUCGCUUGGCAAUAACUUGAAGUAACAUUGAUAUAUUGUAGGAACUAUACUUAACUAUUAAUGAUGAGUCCGCUAAUAUAAUUACACAUGUAGAUUUUUUUCAUUAUAGACAUUACAUUUUUAAAUAUGUAGACUUUUAUUUUAAGUCCUCUAUUAGUUGUAAAACUUGUGCCAUAAAAAGUUGUGUAAUAUAAAAUUACUUUUUGUGUAGUUAUUUUUUAAAAUUACUUUAUAGUUAAAGAAACAUUGGAGUUGUGAAAUAAAAUUCAAAUGAAGCUUUUAUGAAAGUAAAGAUGAUAAUCUACGUAAAUUAUGUGAUAUUCAUGAUUAUUACAUAUAUGUAUAACCAUUUUAUAAGGGUGCAGUAGGCAACAAAGGUAAAAAUAAUUAUCUACUCUCAGCUAUUACGAAAGAAAUCUACCUGGGCUUAUGGGGUUGUUUGAGUAACCGGAUCCUUUAGGAUUCUAUUUCAGGAGUUGUUAUGGUCCUGAAAUAUAAUGCUUCUAUAGUAUUUUUAUCUGAGAAGUGUAUACCUUAGUUUUUGACUAAAAUCACCCGAAGCGAUGGUAUGUAUUUACUUUUGUUGCUAACUGUACUUAGGACAAGUAGUAUAUGUGCAUAUCAUUUGUAUUACUUAGUUGAACUAAUUGUUAAACAUGUUAUAAAUAAGGAUGUGUUCACAAUAACGAGAUGGCUCUGAAAUAAAAUAGGUCUAAGUUUAUAAGGUUUUAACUUUAUUCAUUCAAAUGCACAAUUCACUCAUUUCCAAAUCUUAUUAAUUGUGAAAACAUCCUUUUGUAAAUAAAUAUGCAUAAAUAAAAAUAUCGCUUAUACAAGAAUGACUUGAUACCUGUAUGUUCUUCUCUGUUACUAUUGCUCCAUUCAUAAGUGUAAAUAUUAUUUGAUACAACAAAUGAUUAAAGAGCCAAUGGACUACGUGUAAAAAAGGACAGAUAAUAUUUAAAUAGGUAUCCAAUAAGCACUAAGUACAAUAUUUUGUUUGCCUUAUUUAGUUAAUAUGUAGAUGAUUAUUCUUACAAAAACGGACAGUUUUGAAAUGUAUAAAAAUAUAAUUUGAUUUAAUAGCUCUCAUAUCGAGUGUUUUUUCUUCUCAGUGUGUGUUUUUUUUUUUAGAAUUAACUUAUAACAAUAUUUCAUGGUAUUUCACUUAUUACCUUAUCGGCCCGAUUCGUAGAAUGAAAUACGAUAACGAUAAGUUCUAGUUUAGAUAAGUUCUCAUUUAGAUAUCGUUUGUAUGUCGUAUAAUUGACAGAAGCAACACGAUUCGGGCAACCAAUGUCACUUUGACGUUAGAAAUAUCGUAGAUAGAUCUUAUUGGGAUCACAGCGGGAUCGAACUAAACGUCAAUUUUGACAUGUCGGUUAGUUAUCGAUCUUUUAAAUAUCUUUCCAAGAUCUUAAACGUAUCUUAAUUAUUGUUCGAAUCGGGCCGUAUGUCAAAACGAUAGUAGAAUGAUGUUUUUUUUAGAAAAUUACGAAAAAGAAAAUAACGUAGUAGUCUAAAUGCAUUAAUGUGUGAUAUGUAGCCCAUUGGUUAUUUAGUACGUAAUAAAACUACGAUACCUUGCUUUUUGUAGUACCUAAAACCUCUAUCCUAUCUAGAGUUUAACCUAACAAAAUAUGAUUUGGACACGUACGAGUAUAUAUAAUAUAUAUUUCUAGUUCCUAUUUUAUGCAUUGAGUGAAAUCGUUACAGGGCUAUUUCCAUUAUUCACUUAAUAUGAAUGUCAAAAGUACUUUUUUUUGUAUAAAAAAUCUAAAUUGGGAGCGAUGUUGUUGUAAAUACAGAAUCAUUAAACUUUAUAUCUUCUUCUUCUUCUUCAGUUCAAUUAUUUUCUGGAUCUAUUUAUUUCAGAGGGCUUUAUUAUCUGUCAUUUGCGGUUAAUAUAUCAAUUAGAUAUUUUAUUUAGAUACUUAAAAAAAGAUAAAUUUACCAAGUGCGGCCGUAUUCAGCACCGUAAAACUGUAAUGAGGUUCAUUUUAAAAAUGGUUAAGAAGAAAUACGUAUCAGGGAUAAUUAGUUGAUAAAAUUAACGUUAAAGCUAACAGCUUCACCAUAGUUCUCCAAACACAUUGUAUCGAUACCUAUACAAUUUUCCACAGUUUUAUGUCUGGAUCGUUUUCACACUUCAAAACCUAUACAAAAACAUGUGCUGUUCUGAUUUAUAUAAAAUAGGUAGUAACAUUAUAAAUUACAAUUUGUAAUUGAUCAUGUAAGUAUGUCAUUGUCUGUUCUAAAUGUGCUAUGCUUUUAAUACAUACGACUGGAUACUAUUUUCAUCGACUACUAGCUAUUCACGACCCAAACCUGUAAACAAUAGUUGUUUAUAGAAUAGAAAGCUCCUUGUUAAUAAAUAGUCAACGCAUCUUAAGGGGCUGUCAACACCCAAUGUCCUUGAAAUUGAUGUUACUUAAACAGUUUUUUAAGAUAGACUAUUUGGUUUAGUCAAGUAAGAAAAAUAUAUGUUCAUAUUAAUUGUAUUUCAAAGACCGUGGUUGUACUCGAUACAUGAUUGAACGAAAUCGGCUCGAUAGAAAAUAAUUGCAAAGAUUGGUCUUAAAAUCACAAUUAAAUGGUUCUGUCUUUAUUGUUUUGACUUAUGGGUCUGAAAUUACAAUCACAAUUUCAAAACAUUUAUAUCUAAACCGCUAACGAGUAAAAUAUUACACUAAUAAUCCACUUUUUUUUAUUUAAAUAAUUUUCUUAUUAUUCCCUUGCCCAGGCCCAGUAACAUACGACAGUGCUAUCUCAUUUACUCCGAUACAAAUAGACAGUGUGCGCGCUUUAGGUAUUGACAGCCUCUUAAGUAUCAUAUAUUGCGCAUCUUACGUAGCCAUUAUGUCUUGACAUCUAGACAUAUCUAUACCGCAGAACUCAUAAAAGUAUCUAUUUAUCAAACAGGACCUAAUUUUAAUAGGUUUUAGGUAUAGGAACUAUUAGAAUUGUAAUUUAUAGCAAGGUGUCUAGUACAUGAUUUAAACCGUUUAAGUCAACUGGAAUAAAACAGUAUGUUAUUUUUACGCUUAAAGACCACUCUAAGAAAUAGAGGUUCGAACACGUUAUCUUGAGAUGAAUUUUAAUUUUUGUAAUAGUCUUUGUAUACCUAUUUUAAUAAAAUAAAUUAAACUUAUAAUA